UUAUAGAAUAAAUUUCACUGAGAACUCAACAUUGGUCAACUGAAGUGAUAAAUGAGAUGUUUACAAAACCAAAAGUGGCGUUUAAAAUCUUGAAAAGAUGUAUUCAUACCAAGGAAGUGAAAAUAGGAGUUAUUGGAGUUCCAUUUGAUAAAGGACAGCCUAAAGUUGGAGUAGCUAAUGGACCUGAUGCAUUAAGAAAAGCAGGACUCAUUGAACAACUUGCCAACAUUCGGAACAAUCUCACUAUCAAAGACUAUGGAAAUAUUUCUUAUGAGGUCAUGAAGGAAAUAGAUAGUGAUAUUCCAAACAUGAAAGGAUAUGCACAUGUAGCAUCAUGCACAAAAUUAUUAUCUAAUCAGGUGGAGAAAAUUAUCAGAGACGAAAGUAUUUGUUUAACCCUUGGAGGCGAUCAUGCCAUAGCUAUUGGAUCUGUAGAUGGUCACAUCAAAGCGAAAAACGAAGAUAUAUGUGUUUUGUGGGUUGAUGCUCAUGCAGACUUGAAUACAAACAAAACUUCUACCUCUGGAAAUGUCCACGGAAUGCCCAUGGCUCUUUUAGCAACUGAACUUUCAGAUUAUUGGCCGUACUUACCUGGUAUGGACUGGCAAAAACCAAUCAUUUCUAUUAGAAAUGUUGCAUACAUAGGGCUGAGAUCAGUUGAUUCUUAUGAACGGCUGGUUAUAGAUAAACUUGGCAUAACAGCUUUUGGAAUGGAAGACGUUGAAAAUUAUGGCAUAAGUACUAUCGUUAAUAUGGCACUGAAUAAAAUAGAUCCGGAAAAGAAGAGAUCCAUUCAUGUUAGUUAUGAUAUAGAUUCUCUGGACUCUCUGGAAGCUCCUAGUACAGGAACCUCAGUUCGGGGAGGCCUUACUUUGAGAGAAGGUAUUCAAAUAAUGGAAAUGGUGUACAACACAGGCCGCUUGGGAGCAAUGGAUUUAGUGGAGGUAAACCCAAGUAUAGGAACAGAACAGGAUGUUAAAAAAACAAUUGAUGCUGCCAUUCACAUUAUCUUAGCUGCCUUUGGCUAUAGUAGAAGAGGACUGGUGCCAAAGAAUGUAGAUACCUUACCUUUACAAACAUUUCCUCCAACUAGACAAAUCAUAAAGUAAUAUAACUUUAUUUAAGAAUCAA